ACGCCUCAGAGGAGAGGAAGUAAACACACAUGCAACAAGCCACCUGUCAAUCAGCUCGUCUGCUGCAGCUGUUCCCGUGCAGCCUGUGGUCCCUCUGAGCGUGCACGGGUCGGAGAAAGCGCUCUCAUAAAGUUUUCCAAGAGAUCAGAUAAAUUUGCGUUUUCAUUUUGACUGUUGAUUGAAAAGGCAUGCCUGUUUUUGUGGAGGAUCCAUCGCAACUUUCAAAAGCGAGGCUAAAGUCGGACUUAAUUGCCCACAAUGUAGCGCUGCCACCUGCCACGAGCCGAAAGGGAAUUUACGUAGAGUUGCACACGAGGCACGUUGAUCAGAAAAAAUGUGCGGAUUUCUCUAGCGACGAGGACGCAGAAACAGAUGAAGAGACAAAUUAUGCAGAAAUACUGGAUCCAAGCAGUUUGACCGAUGAUGGCCUCAAAGCUGCUCUUCUACAACAUGGGGUGAAAGCAGGACCUAUAGUUGCCUCCACAAGGGCUCUCUAUGAACGGAAACUCCGAAACCUGCUUUUCUCCAAUGGCCACGACAAAGUGAAUGACAAAGUGGACGAAGCAGAUGAAGCCGUGCUGUAUUCUGACAGUGAGGAAGAGGAAAACAGUGAGGAAGAGGAAGAAAAGCCAGCCACUGAAGAGAUCCAAACCCAGACAGAACCAGCUGACCAGUGCCAAGAGGAUGACACACAGGAGUUAUCAUCUCAAGGUGAAGAUUAUGUUUACCCGCAGUGCUUUUUAGUGUCAUCAAGGCAGCGUGUCUGUGCUGCUAAAAACAGCAAACCUUGUCCCAAGCGGAAUCCAAGGAAUGUGUUAAAAUCAUCGCACAGCGCUCAAAUUCCCAGUGGCAUUAGCAGAGCAUCCUCUAUAGAUCAGCCCUCAGGAUUAGCAACAGGGUUAUCAGAACAACAGUCUAUUUUAUCCAAUGGCUCUUUAAUAUCAUCUCAGAACUUCAGUAUUACACAGAUGGUGGAAGAGAUGGAGGGUCGGACUUCGUGCUCGUCUCUUGCAGAUGCUUCAGACAUUAACCAGAGCGUUGUGCAAAGCCAUUGGUCACGGUCCAACAGGCCUGUGGUCAAGGUGCCAUUUGAGGACAAGUAUAAUUCACCUGACCUACAGUUCUACACUCCUAUGGCUGGAUUUAAUGAAUGGACAAGAAAGGCACUAUAUAGAUAUUUCACAGUUUACCUCUGUAUUUCAUAUCUCUAUUUAGUUUGGUGUUGGCUAAUUUUAACAAAGUUUAUUUCUCACUUUUACAUGCAUGCACUUUAAAGUUCUUUGCCUAUGACACUAAAAUUCAC